GAGGGACCAGGCCUUCGACAGGUGGGGACGGAGGGCUCCAGGGCCUCUGUGUCCCCUCUCUUCUCCGUUCUAACUACCAUCUCCUUUCUGGCUUUCUGCAUGUGUCGCUGACUAUCUGGUUGCUCUGGGUGGCAGCUGGUAACCAUUCCACCUUCCUUACCCAGGCGGUGUAAAUCAUUUCCUCCUCUUCUCCGCCCCAGCUCCCCCCAGCACUGUUUAUUCAUUAACUAUUUCCAGUGCUUCACAUGUUGCGGAUCGCACCUCUCUCUGUCAGCUUAGACCACAUUUCAUUCUUUUCCCCAAAACCAAGCACAUACGCUGUUCAGAAGCUGGACGGACACAUGGAUUCCAUGCCGCGCGCUCCCUGCCUUCUGUGGCUCCUUGCUGUCACCUUCUCCCUGGUUCCCAGAACGCAGCCCUUGGCGGCCGGAGACUUGGAAGGAGACGAGCAAGAUGAGACACCUUUGCCCGCUGUCCUCUGUGACUAUGACCACUGCCGCCACCUGCAGGUGCCCUGCCAGGAGCUGCAGAGGGCCGGCCAGAGAGCCUGCCUGUGCCCCGGCCUCUCCAGCGCCCUGCAGCCGCCGCGGCCGCCACGCCUGGGGGAAGUGCGCGUAGAGGCCGAGACUGGCCGCGCCGAGGUGCACUGGUGCGCCCCCUCCUCCCCGGUCCACCAGUACUGGCUGCUGCUGUGGGAAGGCGGUGGGGCUCCACAGAAGGGGCCCAGCUUCAACUCGACGGUCCGCCGAGCGGAGCUGCAGGGCCUGAAGCCCGGGGGCGCAUACGUUGUCUGCGUGGUGGCCGCCAACGACGCGGGAGAGAGCGGCGCGCCCGGGCCCGGGGCGGAGGGCCUCGACGGCGCGGACGGCCCCAACUUAGGGCCCUGCGGCCGGCUGACCGUGCCUCCGCGGCCGCUCACUGUGCUGCACGCGGCUGUCGGCGUGGGCUCGGCGCUGGCCCUGCUCAGCUGCUCCGCCCUGGUCUGGCACUUCUGCCUACGCCAGCGCUGGGGCUGCCCCCGCCGAGGCCGCCCCAGCCACUCGGGGCUCUGAGGCUGCCCGGGCCUCCCCGGGGAGGUGACGGCCCACGAAGGCCAGACCGAGGGUGGCAGAGAAGACCAGGCGCUGGGCCCUUGCUGAGUGGGUUCAUGCCCCAAACUUAACACUCUGCUCCGAAGCUGAGGUUUAGAAGGAGUAGAGAAAGUUGACAAGAUCUUUUCUUAAUGGACCAGAUAGUAAUUUAGGCUUUGUGGUUCCAGGGGAUAAAAUCACAGAUAUUGUGUAGGUACUUACAUAACCAUGUAACCAUUUAAAAAUUUUAAAAUGGUUCUUAGCUCGUGGCCUCACAAAUCAGGCUGCGCGACCAGGUUCCACGUGUGGGCCCUGUCACUGUGGGUGGCUUCCCAUGGGAUUUUGAGAAUCAGCUGCUCUGGGAUGGGAGUUUGGGGCUAGCGACCACACCUCACCUGCUGCCUUUUGCUUAGAUAGUAAGGAUGCACACUGAGUUACAAUCCACUGUGUCUUAAGUCGGGUGGAACUAAGUGACUGACAUGGGGUGGAGAAGAGGAGGAUUGUCCAAGUGGCUGUCUGGGACAAGCUUGCUUGUAAAAAUAUAUUAAUAACAAAGGAUUUCCCCUCCCCCCAUUUGUGUUUACUGUGUAUUAUUUGUGUUGUAUAACAUUAAAGGAAAUGUAAAAGGAA